ACACUUCUUAUGCAUAAAAAUAAACAAAGCGAAUGUGAGCGAAGGAGAGGUCAAUCAAAUUUGCAGUUAAUUAACAUUUGUCAAUUUUUAAAGUUGUAAUUUUGGCUGUAUGAUGUACAUUUAUGUAGCUUAGUUAUCUACUGCAAUGUUUUUGCGAUAUCUUUUUUUUUUUUGUUUUACUCACAGAAUUGAUGUUUUGCCAAAUGCUCUGGGGAGAGAGUAUUGUCAUAUGAGAAUACGUGAAAAUAUUUGUAUGGACAGUAUGCCCGUACGUUUUGCGCGAACUUUUUGUGCUGGCCCUUUGCGCUGGACGUUUAAGUGGUCGCUCUCGCAGAACCAGAUUUCCAGGGCCCCAAUUGAAUCUCCAUAAGCAUUCCUACUAGCGCGCCUUGCGGCUAGCCUCUCCUUCUGCAGUGUUCGUUUGGUAUGCCGUGCGCACGAUCAGCUGGCGGCCACCUGAGCGAACACCAAGUUGCAUAUUCCCCCUGCACCCCGUUUACAUGUUUACCCGUUUGCAUCCCUCGUGCUUCGCAUUAGCAUUUCCGGCGCUCUAUUUGUACGUAUAGCAACAUACGAGCGUGACGCGUUUGCCUAAAAUGAUCUGCCAGGUGGGAGGCGUUCUUAGUGAAGAAGACCCGUCCACGUAGAAAACGUACAGACGUGCGUAGGGGCAUACAUUUGAAGGGUUACACCUUUGUAGGGCUGCACCUUUGUAGGGUUAUACUCACGUGUGUGUACGUGUUUGUACGUGCUUGUAUAAGCCACUGUGUUAGCUGCUCCAAUUCGCGCAAUAGAGAAACACAUUGAUGUGUACUUUUUGCUCCAACCGAGUUGGGUAAUUUUUGUCGCCCCUUUUUCGCGGCAUUACAGCAUUGCGGCAUUACUGCAUUGCCGCAUUACUGCAUCACAGCACGCCGACCCCAAAAUGGAGGAGAUUAUCAUCCACAUGAUCAUCAUCGCGCCACUGACCAAGUGGCUAAUAGGACCGAACAGGUCGUGGAACAAGGGCAAGCGGGAGUACGGCGUGUACAUCGCGCUGUUGCUCCUCUUCUGUGUAGGCAUAUACGAAUUGAGAAAAACGAACCAAAAUUUGUACGAAGUUUUGCAGCUAAAUUCGUACGCAUCCAAAACGGACAUCCAGCAGUCGUUUAGAAGGCUAUCCCGAGUGUAUCAUCCGGACAAGAACAAAGAAGCAGAUUCAUUUGAACGAUUUAAUAAAAUAAGAGAAGCAUAUGAAAUUUUAUCAAAUGAAAAAAAAAAAUAUAUAUAUGACAGAUUUGGAGAUUUUGCUGGGAGCGAAAUUACCAACUUUUUCUACGUGGAAAUUAUAAUCAUAGCGAUAUUUCAAUUUGCCAUUUCAUUUAUCUUUGGGUUUUUGUACACCUAUGGAAAAGACAAUGAGAAGUAUCGAAUUUUAAUUUGCUUGUAUAUCGGUUUGAACUUUUGCAUGGAAUUGGUAUUCAGAUUUAGUCCGGAGAGUACUCACUUCCUUUCGUUUCUUCCCAUUUUUUGCCACUACACUCCUUUCGAGAGGAUCCAUUCCCUGAGGGUGCUAGUCCCCCUUGUGAUGAAUGGCAUUCUACUGGUCGAUGUGUACUUUAUCGAUGAGGACACGGACCUCUACGUCUCCACCUUUUGCGAGUAUGUCUUUGAGAAUAGCCAGAAGACCAUAAAGAACAUGGACGACGCGGUCAUAUUCUGUGCCCGCUUGGUGGACGGCAAGGUGAGCAAGGCGAGCAACUUCUCCUGGAGGGAAAAGGACCCCUACAGCGACGUGGCCAACAUUGACGAACUGGAGGACGAAGAAACGUACGACAAGAAGUGCGACAAGAACGACCUGUUCUACAGGCUGCUUUACAACGUGGUCGAAACGAGCACGGAGGACGUGGAGCUGAAAAUUCCCAAGAAGGCUCUCUGCCGUCGUUUCGACUGGUCCAGGUUGUACACGGAGAGCGUCAUGGAGAAGAACACCGAGGAGAAAGACUUCGAAGAGAGCAACGCAUCCAAGGGAAUCUUAUUCUCAUCUCUGUUGUACUUUGUUGGUUUGAUAUCUCAUUUGUUAUCCAAGUGA